GCGACCUACAAAACUUAAUGAUCAUGAGUUCUAUCCACGUCACGGUUCCUAUUGUGUUUUGGGGGCAUCAUCCUCCAGUACACGAUAUUACCUGUAUGACCAGGACAGAGGAAGAUAAAGGAGUAGCUACUGGUACUAAAACGGGACAGAUAUGCAUCUGGGACUUAUACAGGAAGAGAAUCAAUGGAGAAUUUGUGUUAUGUCCGAGACUAUUGCUACUAGGAAUGCAGUCGAGUAUAUUGUCUCUUGCUUUUGUUAAGAACUGGUCUGGAGACAGGGACAGGAUUGUCAGUCUUAGUAAAAAUGGGUGCAUAGCAUUGUGGGAUGGUAAAGAUGGGACGUGUCUUAAGACUAUUAAUAAUCUUGGAAAUGGAAUGCAUUAUGGAAUAAAGUCAAUAGCACGUCCUGCUAUUAAAGAAACUUUGAUUGCAGUUUGGGGACAAUAUCACAAUAUAUUUAUACUUGAUCCUAAUACACUGGAGUUCAUUUGUGCUUUGAAAUCCUCUCACAAUCCAAACUGGAUAUCACAGCUUUGUUUUAUUCCAAACAUUGACAGAAAUGAUGCUAUGAUAGCCAUAACAGUUGAUGGGACAUUGAAGGUGUGGUUAAUCCACUCUAAUAUUGAAAUGAAGGAGAUGACUGAUCUGUUUGAGGAGAGGUCGAAGGCUCUAGGUCUAUCUGCUCCUCUCUCAUUGACCUCAGAAUCCAUCGCUGACUUCUCAUUAGCACUUGUUGUCUGUAGGGACUCCUGGCAGAUAUAUGACGCUAGUGAUGGUAGGAUGAAGCAGUUGCUGAUUCAUCCUUGUGAGCUAGGAGUAAAUGAAUGGAUUAAUGGGUCGUUCCUCUCGUACAACAUGGUGUUGCUCUGGGCAUUAAAUGGAAUGGGUUAUUUAUAUGAACUAGCUCCUCAUAUUCUUCCUGGAAUGAUUGAUGAUAGAGAUGAUGCUAGUAUGUCAACGUCUGGCUCUAUGCUAUUGGCUACAUUGUCACCGACUGACUCCGCCCCUUCUUCCCCUUCCUCGUCCUUCCCUCCCUCUCCUCUCUCUUAUGCUACUCUAUUGACUCAUAGGUGGGGCAUCAUUGGGGAUCAAUACGGAAGGCUGCAGGUGUGGCAUGUAGAGUCUAUCAUUCGUAAGCUUCAUUCAGAGGAAGGUUCUGCUCCUGAUUUCAAGUGUCAUUUCACUGGCUCUCUCUCUGAUUCAUGGCAGUCCCCAGCCACUCCUUGUUCACUCAUUGACUCUGUUUAUCACAGUAACAUGGCUGGUCCUUCUUCUAAUAUUACUGUUUCUUUAUUUUUGACACAAUUUGGUCGGUUGAUCUGUGGAUUGUCCAAUGGUGAUAUCAUAGUUCUAUCAGCAACUCAAGCAGCUACCAAACUCUUACUAGCCAAGAGAAAGUUCUCAAGAGCAUGGCCUCAACAUUAUUUCUUAAGAGGUCACAAGAGGAGGGUCACCUCCCUGUUGUAUCCCUGUGACUAUAGCAAUGCUUAUGAUAACAAUCACUUGCUAUCUGGUGGUGCUGAUUUCUCUGUUAGAUUGUGGGACCUCUACAAGGGAAUACUGUUACACACUUUUGCAGUUCAUGGUGGGGUAGUCAGUAGCAUUGUAACAUGUCCUCCUGAUAUUAAUAGUAUAUAA